AUGAUCCUCUUCUCUCACCCAGUGUUGGGCAGAGCCUCUGAGCUGGCCUUCUUGAAGGAGCCCAAUGAUGUCAUCGCCGUGCGUGAUCGGCCCCUGAUGCUGGACUGCCAGGUUGAAGGGGAGGGGCCUAUCUCUGUGAUGUGGCGGCGCAACGGAGUGCCCGUUCCCACCGGGCCGAAGGCUAGCGUGUUGGCCAACGGAACUCUCCUGAUCAAGAGCUUCCAGAAGAGGAAAGAGAGCAAUGAGACGGACGCUGGGGAGUACGACUGUGCUGCCCAGAACCACUAUGGCAUGUUGAUCAGCCGCAAGGCCAGGGUUCAGCUGGCAUCUCUCCCUAAAUUCCACACACACCCGGAGUCCAAGUCGGUGGAUGAGGGUGGCGUUGCCAGACUGACCUGCCAGGUGAACGGAAUCCCAGAGGCCAGCAUCUCCUGGGAGAAAAACAGAACCGCUGUGAAUACUGAUGAUAACAGGUACACCAUCCUGCCCACAGGGAUCCUGCAGAUAACCGGUGUAAGGUGGGCUGACAGUGGUGUGUAUCGCUGCGUAGCCACCAACAUCGCUAACACUCGCUACAGUCACGAGGCCCAGCUCACUGUCACUGGUACAGUGGCAGCUCCACGGAUCUACAAGGAGCCAGUGAUUCUGUCGGGUCCUCAGAACCUGACCAUCACUGUGCACCAGACUGCCAUCUUGGAGUGCAUCGCCACUGGCAACCCUCGACCCAUCGUGUCCUGGAGUCGGCUGGACGGGCGCUCCAUCGGGGUGGAGGGUAUCCAGGUGCUGGGUACGGGGAACCUGAUGAUCUCAGAUGCCAACCUGCAACACUCUGGGGUGUACGUGUGCUCUGCCAACCGCCCUGGGACCAGAAUGAGGCGUACUGCGCUGGGCAGACUGGUGGUGCAGGCUCCUCCUGAGUUUUUGCAGUGGCCGCAGUCUGUCUCCAGACCAGCAGGGAGCAGUGCAGUGUUCACCUGUAUGGCCCAGGGAGUUCCCGAGCCUCACCUCAUCUGGCUGAAGAACGGCAAAAUCCUGACACCUGGUGACAACGUCAAGCUCACCAACAAUAACAGUACGCUGGCGGUGACGCGCAUCACCACGGAAGACGAGGCCAUCUACCAGUGUAUUGCUGAGAACAGCGCUGGCACCAACCAGGCCAGUGCCCGCCUGGCCCUCACCCAGUCCACGGAGUUGCCCGAGGCCCCCCAGGACCUGACUGCCACGGCCCUGUCCCCCACUACCCUACAGCUCACCUGGGUCCAGCCCGCUCCAGAGGUCACCGACGGCAUAAUCGGAUAUGUGCUGCACAUCCGCAUGUUGGGCGAGCCAGACAGCAGAGAGCUGCAGGAAGCUGUCAGUAAGACCACCUUCCAGCAUGAGUUCACCACCCUGGAGCCCGCCACCACCUACUCCAUCUACCUCAAGGCUUACUCCCCUCUGGGAGCCAGCCAGCAGUCCAGCACUGUGGUGGCUACAACACUAGGGGGCGUACCCAUUUCUCCCAGUUUCUUCACCAAGGUGCUGAACAAGACGGCCAUGCAGGUGUUCUGGGAGCUGCCAAGUAAGUCGGGCAAGGUAGAGGGCUUCAAGCUGUCCUACCGCGAGGUCCCCCAGCCCAACUUCCAGGGGCAGGAAGCGUUUCCCGGCCACAUCAACACCCAUACCAUCUCCCAUCUAGAACCCGCUGCUGUGUAUGAGAUCCAAUUGGUGGCCUACAACGGCAAUGGGGACGGUGCUGCCAACAAGCAUCUGGUUUCACUGGCUGAGAGUGGUACCAGCGCCAAGACCAGUGGGCAGAGCCCAUGUAACUGCAAGCAGGAUGACGAGGGGUCCAUGACUGGCAUUGUGGUGGGAAUCCACACUGGCAUGGCAUGCAUCCUCUUCUGUGUUCUAUUCCUCAUGUUUGGCUACCGCCGCAGGUAA